UAAUAUUUUCUCUCUGGAAUUCGGACAGUUGUCACUGUGUUCUGGCUAUUCCUGUUCAGUCAGUUACACUGUGAACCCAUUAAAUCUUUAUCUUACUGGAUAAAAUGCACUAUUCAAGAUCUUUCUCACCACUUAGAAUUUUCCCAGAGAGCAGGUGCUGCGUGGGUGUCUUGGCUUUCAAGGAUUGGAGAACCGCCUAAGGAAAAAAAGAUUGUCACUGAAAUUAAUGGAUAAAGAAGAGAAAAUCUCCUGAACACUGCAAAAGACGUCUGUACAGUAUUUGAAAAAGCUGGUAAAAGAAAAUAUGCCACCCAAAGUUGCAGUCCUGGUUACUGUAACUCUCAAUUGGCUUAUUACAUAUAAAUAUGGUGCAGGCAGUGGGGCUAUGGUAGAAGCUUCGAUAAUCCCAGUUGGAGAUCCUAAUGUAGCAGUGGGAAAACUAUCAUCCCAGUCGAGUACAUUUGAAGAAAAGGGGGAGUCAAGGAAGGCCAUUGAUGGAUCCCUUGCAAAUAUCUACACCAAUGGAGACUGUACUCUGACAAAGAAGGAUUUUGAGCCCUGGUGGAUGGUAGAUUUGAUUUCAGACUUUCAGGUAUCUGCAGUAGUGAUCACAAACAGAGGAGAUUGUUGUGAGUCACGGAUAAAAGGAGCUGAGAUUCUGAUCGGAGAUUUGCCACAGAAGGGAGGCACAAUGAAUCCCAGGUGUGCUACAAUCAACAGCAUGGGACGUGGGGAAACAAUGUCAUUUAACUGUGCAGGCAUGCAAGGACAAUAUGUGACCAUCACAAUCCCUGGGAGAUAUGAAUACCUAACAGUCUGCGAAGUGCAGGUGCUUGCACAUCCAUGGCUUCAUAUAGUUCAUGGUGGAGGAAGGAGUCCUGUUCGAGACAGUGACACUGACUCAGGUCUACAAGGCAGAGUUCUGAGUUUUCCCAAUGAAGCAAAAGGCAGUUUUGUGAUCAUAUCCCCAAUGCAGUCUCUGAAUUUGAGGGAAUUCACACUCUGUAUGAGGAUUGCAGUUGAGUAUUUGGAUGAACAUAAAAUAAUUAUCUUCUCCUACCAUUCUCAAAGUGAUGAAUUGAGAAUCUUGCGUGAAGCAAUGGGCUAUUUUGGUUUACACAUGGGGGGUAGGAGUGUGAGGUUUGCCCUUCCUGAUCUUAGCACUUUGGGGAGCCACAUCUGUGUCACCUGGGAGUCAGUAUGUGGCCUUACAGCCUUUUGGAUAAAUGGAAAAAGUAGUAUCAGAAAGGUGCAUAAUAAGGGACACAUUCUGCAAGCAGGUGGCACAGCAAUGCUUGGACGGGAUCAAGGUGCACAAAAUAUGUCUGAUCAGCAAAAACCAUAUUUUGUGGGAGAAAUAACAGAUCUAUACAUGUGGGAUUAUAUACUGAAAUCACAUGACAUACAGAAAGUUUCCCAGGCCCAUGAGUUCCCCAGAGGAAACAUUUUUGAUUGGAACAUAUUGUCAUAUAAAAUUAUAGGUAAUGUGAUGGUAUUGCCUAAGAGCUAAUCAAUACUGUCCUACUGUAUUGGACAGCAAGCGAAUAGCAAUAUUGAUAUGAAAUCUAAAAUGUUGAAACAUAACUAGUGAGCAUUUUGUUCUUAGUUUGUAACUAUUCUUUGUAACUGUUUAAAUUCCUUGAAUUAACCCAUGAAAAUGUAA